AUGAAAAAACAGGAAUUAAGGAGAAUAUUAGGUACAGGCGCUGUGCUUCUUUCUCUUUUGGCCACGAAAAGCAGGGAGGGCUGGUGCACGUUUGAUAAGGAGGCUGUGCAAGGGGACAGUCUGUAUAGAGACAGCAGUGCACUAAUGAGUGAGUUGGAUGAUAUGGAAAUGUCUUCUUUUCUUGGUAUACCUGCAGAUAGUCCUUAUCAGGCUGGAUCCUCUGCUAGCGGAGUGGAUGAAAUGAGUUAUCAGUUUGAACAGCCGGCACAGUACAUGGCAGGCCCUAUGCCAAGUGAUACCCCUUUUGAUCAGACAUACAGUAUGCCCAGCACAUCACACGGCCAGUAUAGACCUAUGGAUGGGAACAACAAUUUGCACUUUUCUUCCGCUGUGCAAGCUCCCUUAGACGAUGCAUUCUACAAUGGAUACAACCACCAUAAUUUUAGCACAGUUGAUGGAGGAUAUCAGUACAGCCAAUCAGCACAGUUCUUAGAAGAGCCUGGUGUAGAUGAGAGUGUGUUUAUACAACCACAUUACGAUAUGCCCAGUACGUCAAGAGAAACUGCACCGGUAGAUCAGAUGGGUAAUUCAGAUUUUGCUUCCAAUGGAUCCAUGCAUAAUCCAGUCUGGGAUGGGUACACGCCCUUUGAGGAGCACUGGGGGAUGGCAGAGCAGGAUGGGCAGCUAGAUCAGAAAACAGCAGAGUUUGGAUCAGAUGGCUUCCAAGGGUCUAACAGAGAGAAUGAUGUUAUUAUUGGUCUGUAUGUAGAUAAAGAUGACAUAAAGAAAGAGGUAGAAGCCAUUUCUUCUGCAAAUGACUCUCCUACACCACUUGACGAGUUGGUAGGCGAGUCUAGUAAAAAACAUAGCAGACCCAGUGCCCCGCAGAAAAAAAAGAGGAAGGCUGAGCCAAUGGAUGCAUCUGCUCUCCAGUGCUCUCCAGAGAAUAUCAAGAGAAGAAAAAAGAAAGAAAUAGACGAAAUUAACAUUAAAAUUUGGGAUGAAAGCAAAAGACUGGCCAACAGGAGAAGAAGAAGCUCUAGGCUGAACCACAGAACAAUAUACACCCACCACAGUUCAUCCAGCAGCUACAUAAACUGGAAUAUGAGGUCAGACGAAGCUCAGGAAAGUAUCGAAAAAAGCAUUAUGGACUUUUCUGUAAAGAUUGCUCCUCUGCUGAAAAACACUGCAAUAUGGUACUUCAUUGCAACCUUGUCCACAUGCAUAUACACCAAGUACAAAGACCUUUUGUGGCUGCUUGCGAUGUUCAAAAGCAGGAAGAACAUCGAGUACAAAGAAAUAGUGGAGAGCUUUGGAGGGUCCUAUCCCGGACUGAUCGAAGAUGUAACAGACUAUGUGGUGAGGAACGAGCCGAAGAGGUGCAGCCGGUCUGCUCCUACAAACGAGUGGGAGGAGACACUGGGCGACAUUUACAUGAGGGAGUACAAGCCUCUAAACUACUAUGUAGAAGAAAAACAGAAAGAACUUGGACAAACUGACAAGGCGUACCGCGCACUAGCCUAUGCUCUGCACAUGAUUGUGAUGAUUCCCGAGGUGCAUCAGGACUUCUCCAACAUCACCGAGGAGUUUAUAAGAGAGACAAACAUCACGGAAAAAGAGCACAAAAAUAAGUGCAUCAAAAUCGUUCUCUUGGGGAUAUACAGGCUGGUAAACAUGGAUAUAUUUGGAAAAGAGGAUCUUACUGUGUAUGGCGAUAUCUACAGUGCCCUUAGAAACAUAUAUGGUGGGAGCGUACUGAAAGACCCAACGGCUAUUGACCUGUACAGAGAAAUAUACGUGGUCCUUGCAGAGUUCUACGAAAAGGCAAUAAUGUUCGACAAGACAAACGAGUAUGUUCUGGUAGGAAAGUGCAUAAUAACGAACCAGAAGUACAUAAAAUGCGAGAAAGUGGUAAAUCUAGCAGCAAAGAGCGGCGAGAAGAGGGUUUCAAACUGCAGCUACUCUGUAGAGGAGAACAUGUGGAGUCUUUCCUCUGCCAUUAAAACACACUAUUAUGUGAGGUAUGUGGACAGCAUAAAAAAUACCAUGAGAAUGCUGUGCAUGCCUGUUUACGAAAACAAAAAAAAGCAGGAGUACUUCUACUUACACACAAUCGAUGAGAUAAUAGAGCACAUAAAGGCACUCCAUCAGAUAGAGGUGACUUCCAAUGCUGUCCACCCUUUCAAAGUGAGAAAAGGAACUAGAAAGUGGUCGUACAUCAAGAAAGAAGAGAGGAUGCUUACUGUAGAAGGUCUGAAAGAGUACGAAGUGGUGUUCUAUCGCAUGGAGGAAAACACAGGAAAAGAAAAGUUUGCGUUUGCAGAGUUUUGGCCUUUGAUUAUGGACAGCGGCAUCUGCAUACCGCUAUUCCUUACGCCUCUGAUGCAGUCUGCCGUGGAGCUGGGGCCUUUCGUCAGCAUGUGGAAGAACACACAGAUAAGCUCGAUAGAGUUUGAGAAUAGGAUGCCUGACUCGUAUGAGUACAACAACGAGUAUGGCGGACAAGAGUACUCGGAUAUACACGACUACUACAGCAAUCUGUGGAUACCAAACAAACAAGAGAAGAUCAUAGACAGCUACAUCAUGAACUGCCAAAUGACUCUGCAAGAGGAUAACACUCUUAAGGCAGUGUGGUAUGUGAGAAUGCCAGGCAGUAUAGACGCGUACACGCACUGCAUUCUCGACGAUACUUUUAAAGGAAAAGAAAAGUUUAACAGUUUUACUGCAGCAGUAGAGUCAAGGACGUACAACAAGGGCAGCGAUCUGCAGGGAUUCUGGCUGCACAGUAACUACAAGCUAGACAGUAGAUGUGAAAAACACACGCAAUUACUGAACAUAUGGAUUACUAGCACGGAUAGUGUAAGAACCUUGGCCAAAAAGACGCUAAAGCAGCUCAAUAUUGAGGUUGCCAAAACAAAGGAAAGAUUGGAGGGCAUAGAAGAGUGCCAAAUACUCACAGGGCCAAUAGACCUGAAAAAUGACGAAAAAGAAGAAAUUCUGCAAAAAAAGUCUCUAAUUGCUUCAAAGUCUGCCGCAAACAGCAAGAUGGCCUCUCUGACCAGGGAGAUAUACAUAAAGCACUCGAAAAGGCCGGAGUAUCCCGAGACAGAGUUUAUAGUGUUUAGGAACACAAACCACAGCAAGUCCAAUCUGCACGCACACAACGAGCUGCUUGAUGUUUUGAUCUCGCGCUAUAACCGCUAG